AUGCAGGAAGUACCUCACGCAAACGGGUUGACGACGGGCAACCCUCAGCCACAAUACGCCGCUGCAGGCUCCAACGGCGUCAACACCGGCAUUCCCGCUAGGCAUUACGCGGCUGCACCGCCAACCUACCGUUUGGACGACCUUUCAUCUGAGGGCAAGAAGAGCGACCCCGAACUUAUGAUGCCCGUCGACAAGACUGCUACCGUCCAGGAGGGAUCUGAAAAGUUCCACCGCCUUGGCUGGAAGCAACUUACAGUAUGCUUGAUCGUCGAAGCCAUCGCUCUUGGUUCUCUCAGUAUUCCCAGCGCGUUCGCGACCCUGGGAAUGGUUCCCGGUGUCAUCAUGUGCGUUGGUCUUGGUCUUGUCGCAAUUUACACAUCGUACGUUGUCGGUCAGGUUAAGAUGCGCUACCCGCAUGUCAACCACUACUCGGACGCUGUCGAAAUCAUCUGGGGAAAAUUCGGAAAGGAACUUACUGGUGUCAUGUUUGCGCUCUUCUUGAUCCUGCUCGUUGGAUCGCACGCGCUUACUGGAACAAUUGCCUGGAUCAACAUUAUUGGAAACUACACCACAUGCGCGCUUGUAUGGGGUGUUGUAUCCAUGAUUAUCCUGUUGGUCCUUGCUCUGCCACCCACUUUCCACGACUUUGCGUUCCUAGGUUACAUCGACUUUGUUAGUAUCAUUGCCGCCAUCUUGAUCACCAUCAUCGCGACUGGUAUUCAGGCACACGAUGCUCCUGGCGGACUUAGCGGAGUCAACUGGUCCGCGUGGCCUCAACCCGGAACUUCAUUCUACGAAGCUUUCCUGGCUACCACCAACAUCAUCUUCGCCUACUCGUUCGCCGUCUGCCAAUUCUCCUUCAUGUCCGAGAUGCACACACCCAAGGACUACGUCAAGUCCAUCUGGGCCCUUGGUCUGAUUGAGAUUUUUAUUUACACCUUGACUGGUGCUCUCGUCUACGCUUUCGUUGGCCAGGAGGUCAAGUCACCUGCUCUUCUUUCCGCCGGUAACACUGUCUCCCGUAUCGCCUUCGGUAUCGCGCUCCCCGUCAUCUUCAUCUCCGGUUCCAUCAACGGUACCGUGGUCUGCCGUUACAUCAUGGACCGCGUUUUCCCUACUUCGCCCAUCCGAUUCGUCAAGGACGCCAAGGGCUGGGGUGUCUGGGUCGGACUUAUUACUCUCGUCACCGUCAUUGGAUGGAUCAUCGCUGAGGCCAUUCCCUUCUUCAACGCACUUCUUGGUCUUAUCUCCUCGCUGUUCAUCUCUGGUUUCACAUUCUACUGGCCUGCGCUCUUCUGGUUCCAGCUGGUCAAGGAGGGCAAGUGGAAUGCGAACGCCAAGAACAUUUCUCUGUCUAUCCUGAACGCUAUCGUGUUCCUCAUUGGACUUGUCGUCCUCGGUGCCGGUACCUACGCAUCUGUCGAGGAUAUUAUUACACAGUACAAUUCCGGUGCUGUAAGAAGUCCCUUCACCUGCUCCGCCCAGUCUUACGCAUAG